AUGGACAAGCCCACCGGCAGUCCCAUUCCCCAGCACGCCCCUUCUGCUGAGAAAACUGGGCACAGGCAGGCGUUGGCUAGAGAAGGGACCAGCCGAGCUCGUAGCCCCUCCUUUCCGCCUCAGUCCUGGUCCAUGGCUCCCGGCUCAGGCCUCCCUGCCUGUCUCGAGCUGUGCAGACCGCGAGCCCCGACGGCGUCUGAGGGCAGGGCCCGGGGCUGCGCGGUGCCGGGCACCGGGCUUCUGCUGUUCGCCUACCUGGCUUACCUGGCACUGGGCACCGGCGUGUUCUGGGUGCUAGAGAGCCCCGCGGCGCACGAUUCCUGCAAGAGAUUCCAGCGCGAAAAGUGGGCGCUGCUACGGAAUUUCACGUGUCUGGAUGGCCAGGCGUUGGAUUUGCUGAUCCGGGGCAUUGUCCAAGCGUACCGGAGUGGGGACAUCGUCCUCAGCAACACCACCAGCAUGGGGCGCUGGGAGCUCACAGGCUCCUUCUUCUUUUCCGUGUCCACCAUCUCCACCAUUGGCUACGGCAACCUGAGCCUCCAGACGAUGGCCGCCCGCCUCUUGUGCAUCAUCUUUGCUCUCGUGGGGAUCCCGCUCACCCUCGUGGUGCUCAACCACGUGCCGGGGUGUCUCAUGCAGCAGGGGGUGCACCACUGCGUCCGCAGGCUGGGGGACGCCUGGCAGGGCCCGGCCAAGGCCCGGUGGCUGGCGGGCUCCAGCGCCCUGCUCUCCGGCCUCCUGGUUUUCCUGCUGCUGCCCCCGCUGCUCUUCUCCCACGGGGAGGGCUGGAGCUACGUGGAGGGCUUCUACUUCGCCUUCGUCACCCUCAGCACCGUGGGCUUCGGCGAUUACGUGAUAGGCGUGGACCCCUCCCGCAGGUACCCGCUGUGGUACAAGAACACGGAGUCCCUCUGGAUCCUCUUUGGGAUGGCCUGGCUGGCCUUGAUCAUCAAACUCCUCCUCUCCCUACUGGAGACCCCGAGGGGAUUGUACUCCUGCCACCACCAGAGCUCCGAGGGGAACUUCCAGCCCGGAAGCCGGAGGCAGGGCCCAGAGGGGGAGGCAAAGCCCCACUCCCCACAGCCAGGCUGCUAUCCGGAGGGACUUAUGGAAACCAUGCAGCAUCCGGAACCCUCUACUCAGGUCUCACGCUGGGGAAGAGACAGUUAG